CUGCUCUGGAAAUAACCCGGAUGUACUCCAUCGGGCAGCCAUGAAGAUGACAGGAGAAAACAGCUCUCUGAGCUCAGAAAUAACAAUGGAGGACGUGAAAAACCUAAUUAAAAAGAAAGAUGAGAUUGAAGAGCAGAUAAAAGCCUAUUACGACGUUUUGGAAGACCAAGGUGUCGGAGUCGAAGGUGCCUUGGUGGACGAAGAGGGUUACCCCCGAUCUGAUGUUAAUUUAUACCAGAUCAGGACAGCGAGACACAACAUUUCAUGCCUGCAGAACGAUCACAAAGACAUCAUGGUGGAGAUCGAAGAAGCUCUCCACAAGCUGCAUGCACGAGAGAAAACCAAGCGGCAACAGGAUGAGACAGGAGCUCAGGAUGAGGCGAUGGAGCAGCAGGUCACUCUUCCUCCUCCCUUUGCACGGGUGGACGCUGUGACACAAGGCUCACCGGCCUGCGGAGCUGGGCUGAGAGUUGGUGAUGAAGUCAUUGAGUUUGGUUCUGUGAACACGGCGAACUUUCAGAACCUCCAGAAUAUUGCUUCUGUGGUCCAACACAGCGAAGGGAAAUCAUUGCGUGUCGCUGUGAUCCGGGAUGGGCAGAAAGCCCAGAUGAGCCUGACACCACAGCGAUGGUCAGGCAGAGGUCUGCUGGGAUGCAACAUUGUUCCAAUCAAUCGAUGAUCACCAUGACAUUGUGCAAAACUUCCUCUACUGAGGAAACCCCUGGGUGGUUUCAAACAGACUUUGUAUAAACUGCAGACAUUUCCAUCUGUUUAUUUUUUCAACAUCUUAAUCAGAACAUGAACUAUUUCCUUCCUACAAGGGCAAUUUUCAUAACUGGAUAUUUAAGAAUUCAUGCUGAGUUUACUCAGAGAUAGCUGAAUAAACAUUGCUUCCUUACUCUGAUUAGAAUCCCACAUGUUCAAACAAUUGACUCAUCGCACUUGGCCUGUUUUCUCAAUCUACAUUGAGUGUGCAAGUGGUGAUUUUGGUGUAAGAGUAUCACUGAAUAUUAAUGGGGUUGACGGGUAUAUUUAUGAAUGAUGAGUGGCUUGUUGAAAUGCCUUGCAGUGAUGUGAAGCUAUAAACGGGUACUUAGCAAUGAGUGCAGGACUUGCUACUAUCAUUAAUAAAGACUUAUUUUCAAAAAGAUAAA